UUCAGCAGCUGGAACACAUUACCCAGCAUGCUCGGUGCCUUCUCUAUGCGGUAGGUUGUUCAGAAACCACAGCGACAGGAAAGCUGCUGAAGAAGCCCGGAGGAAAAGAAAAGAAGACUUCAGACUCUGUGCUCGUCCUUCAGCUCCUCUCUUUCUUUACAGAACUUGUUGUUUCUCAUCUUCUUUAUUUUGCCAUUUUGCAUCUUUUUGGGGUUUUCUUGCCCCUCGGGGCUCCGGUCGUGCACGAGGAGGACCUGUUAAGUGUUCUCUUAAUGCUGCGUGCACUCAGCUGUUUAUCAGAGCGGCUCAUUGAGCGUGAAUUCAGCAGCAGCUCGUUCUGGUUUCCCUGCUGCUGCCACUGUAUACAGCUGCUUGUGCUAAUGAGGAAACAUGGAAGCGGUUCAGACCGCAGAGACGGCAGCAGCCUGUAAAGCCUCCAACACACACUAAAACAAACACCUUCAGCUCCACUCGAGCCGUUCCUGCAGACGACCGAAGCUUCAGAAACUGAACGUGACUCUGAGAGCCGCUGCCGUCUGAAACUGAGUCUCACACUUUGUUUGCUGUUAUUCAAGUAGAGCUGGAACUGUCAUCUGUUUGCAGCUUGUUGUAAAACUGACAUUAAUGCAAAUUAAUUUUGCACUGAUAUUCCUGCUAACAUGGAGCCAUGCACGCUCCUGUUUCCAGCUCUUAUUCUGUCAAACAGCAUCUUAAAAUAACUGCAGUGUUGUGCGUGUCCUAAAACCUGCUGCUAUCCGAGUCUUUAGAGCGAUGAUUGGCCGGUGAAAAGCACUUCCAGCUUUUAGAACCACCUUCAGCAGCAAUCAUCUUCUGCAUGACUUCAUGUUGUGGAGGAAUUUUGGCCCACUCUUCUUCAUGACGUAGCUUCAGUUCAUGGAGGUUCAGGGAGGCAGUAGAUCAUAUGGGACAACGAGGACGCUAAGAUACGAUGUGAAAUUCAAUGCAGACUACGACCUGUCGGCCAAGGAAGGCGCCGACAGCCUGGCCUUCAUCUCUCUGAUGGAGGAAAAACUCAUGCCGGCUCUGAUUUACACCUUCUGGAUCGAGCCGAAGAACUACGUGGACGUGACUCGGCGCUGGUACGCCGAGCACAUGCCGUUCCCCCUGAACUUCUUCCUGCCGGGACGAAUGCAGCGGCAACAGCUGGAGAAACUGCGACUGCUGCGAGGAGACGAGAGGCUGGAGGCCGGAGAGGAGCUGGAGAAGGAGUUGUACCGAGAUGCUGUCGAGUGCAUGAACCUGCUGUCCCAGCGGCUCGGCUCUCACAAAUUCUUCUUUGGAGACUCGCCUUCCUCUCUCGAUGCCUACGUGUUUGGUCACUUGGCGCCCAUCCUGAAGUGCAAACUGCCCAAUGGGAAACUACAGCAGCAUCUGAAAUCUCUCGACAACCUGACCAACUUCUGCACCAACAUCCUGCAGCUCUACUUCCCCAAAGACGGCCGAGAGAGCUUCAGUCAGAAGACUUCCUCCCAGUCUGAAGGCGGAGACUUCGACCACGUUCCCAACAAGCGGAGGAAGCAGUUCCUGUCUGCUCUGGUGGCUCUGGGCGCCAUGCUGAGCUACGCCCUGCUGACCGGCAUGGUGUCAAUCCAGCAUGCCCAUCACGAGGCGCUGGAGGAGCCGCCCGACCUGCAGGACAUCGGCUCCCAUCACGACCACGAGGACGAAGGAGACGGCUGAGGACGACGGGCAGAGGGCGCCGUGGGACUUCACGGACAGCAGUGAAAAUGUUCAGGAUAAGAUCCAGGUGCAGUUAGACAAAGUUUGGGUCCAUCUGACCAAACAGGAAGAGUCAGUGUGAAGUUUAUCAAAUGAAAAAAUAAUUUAUCGACGCACAAACGAGCCUCUGUGGACAGGAAGUGGAGUUCGGUGCUGGUGUAUGUACAGAAAUGAAUUAAAGGAAAAGUGGAGUCA